GAGCCCAGAUAUCCAUACCAGUCAGUGGCGUUCACAGUUCUUCAAUGUAUUAAACCGCUUCAAGCUCUCGGCCACACCCAAAUCUAAAUUUAUUCUUGACGGUAUCCCCCAUCAAAUCUACGUACUUGAAGAAGACGAAAAAAAAAAUCAUUCCAAUACUUAGAUUAUAGAUGAACAAAACUAAUUUCUUCAUUCAGUGAAAAGUUUUAAGGCAGAGCAGACGGACAACUUCUCAGCAUCGUUGUUCAAUUUUGGCGGGAAUUUCUUUCAGCAUUAUGAGUGGACGCGGGAAAGGCAAGCCAAAGUCUACCAAGUCAGUCACCCGCAGCUCCCGGGCUGGUCUGCAGUUCCCUGUCGGUAGAAUUCAUCGGUUCCUCAGAAAAGGCCAGUAUGCUCAUAGGAUUGGUGGGGGAGCGGCUGUAUACCUAGCUGCUAUACUCGAGUACCUCUCAGCAGAAAUUUUGGAGCUUGCCGGGAAUGCAGCCCGGGACAAUAAGAAAUCUCGAAUAGUCCCGAGACAUCUCCAGUUGGCAAUCAGGAAUGAUGAAGAACUCAACAAACUCUUGAAUAAUGUCACUAUCGCAUCGGGUGGAGUGAUGCCCAACAUUCAGGCGGUACUCCUUCCGAAGAAGAGCGGGAAAGCAGCGAAGCAGAGUGGACCGAGUAUGGAGUACUAGCUGCAUUGACCACCGUCACACUUCCGGCAUCCCCUCGGCACUGCUCGGCAUGACACGCUCGGAAUAUUUCGGUAUACUUCGUCAACCUGUUGGCACGCUAUUGUAGGCGGCACUUUUCACCCAUCGGCACAUCAAUGCGGAGUCAUUUUCAUCUUCUCGGCCUCUCUGGAUGUUUGCCCUCAUCCGUUUAGAAAUUCUCCGGCCUUCCUCUGCAACCCUUCGUCACUUUUUCGCUAGCCCUCGUUUUCAUUGUCACAUUUCCGUCACCAUGCUAGGUAUUCGUCAUCCUGGCGAUAACUUUCAUUUUCUUAGUACCUCGUGACGUCUGCCUUCAUCCGGUUAGAAACACAUCUUUCUUUCGUCAUCAUCUCAUCACAGUUUUGCUAGCCCUCGAUGUCUUUCGUCAUCUUUUCGGCACCAUCUUCGGCAUUCGUCAUCCGCCCGAGAUUCUUCGUCAUCCUCUCGUUAAUUUUCGAAAACUUGUGUUUUCUCUACACGUCUGUCAUCAUCCGGUUAGAAACCAUCGUUCUUUCGUCAUCUCUUUAAUCUUUCGCUAUCCCCCGUCUUUCCUCAUCUUUUCGGCAACAUCUUCAGCAUUCGCCAUCUUCUCGAUAGUUUUCGUCUUCUCGAUAUCUCUUGACCAUGUUCACACCUUUCGUUGCUAAUCCCUCGUCAUAUUUUCAGUAGCGUUUCGGCACUAUAUUCACUUUGGGCACUCUCGUCUUCUCGGCAUCCUUUCGACACAGUCAGGGGACUACUUUGCCACCACCUCGAAACGGAAGCCUUAAAGGACCGAGUAGCAUUUUGUUUACUCGAAUAGGGAGACUUUGAAUUUGUUGGGUAACCUGUGAUAUCCCAACAAUUCAACUUCAUCGCGAAACGUUAAGGUUUCUACCUUUCCAGGAUUAUUGUCUCGACAGGCUCGAAACAAAAAUACGAGAAAAGACAUGGUCAUUGCUCAUGAUAUAUCGGCCCUGUAUUACGUGAUUGAUCUUACGUAAAAUAUACAUUUGAGAUUAAUCACAGCGUUGCAAAUGAUCGGAUUCGAUCACAACUCUCGUGAUAAUGGGUUCAGAAUCUCUUUGGUGGGAGCGAGUGUUAGAUUAUCAUAAAUUAUUGCGCUUUGACUAAGACAGCCAGCCCUGUCAUAGUUUCGAAAUACUGAAACUGUGUGCAUGAUUUUAAAUAAGGAUGAAUACUUUGCCAAACAUUCUACCAUCUCUGAUUGAAAUACUGUAACAGUAUAAGAAUUUGUAAAUUGCCUUUUCAGAGAAUUCUUGCAUUCAUUCGAUUCGUUUUCGGAUGUUUGUAUUAGUAAUAUGUUCAAAUCUCCAAACGCAGUUGUCGACAAAAUGGCUUUGAUCUGUUUAAUGUGUUUAAAGUAAGUCGAGAAAAUUAUAUUCAUAUUGCAUUUUUAACGAUUAUUGGUUUACGGGAGUGAAUGUUUUAAACACAUACUUAAGACCUUUAGACGUCAUAUAUUUAAAAAUAUCAGCUUUCUUCUAGAUAUCACUCCCAUUUUCUGUAGAUAAUUAAUAUAAUUCAUGGUAGGUAGUGAUAGUAAUUGUUUCUUGUUCUCAGUUGCAUGUGGGACUGUUGUGUAAAUGAUUUUUUUUUUUGUUUGCGUUACGUAUGUCACAUCUGUUAAAUAAAGUUUUAUCAAUAAA